ACACAGACCAGCGAAAAUUUCGAGACAGCAGCAACCCAAGAUGUUCGCGGCGCAAGCGUGGCCACGUGUCGUCUCCUCAGACCAUCUCGCACGACAUCGUAGGCGGGAUGCGACUCAGCCAUCGAUCUGCUCAAGUAGCGCAUCUACUGGCGUAACAUAUACUCGUUCCAGCGACCUACUAGCUCGUCUCCAGACCGCCGAGAGGGCGUUUCCUCGGCUACGCCGUCAAGUUGACGGUCGACCGUCGUCUUCUCGGCGCGCUGUUCACCGGAGUACCGGGUCUCGAAGCACCGCUAAUGGGCGCGCUUCGUGUGGCGUUAUACGCAUCGGCACCACCCGUGUCCAGGCGUUUUCGCGAGACGACGGAAACGGAAACGGAGACGGGAACGGGAAUGAUAACGCGAGCAGAAAACACCCUAACAGCAGCAGCACGCAGAACGAUGGGACUCCGUUGGCGCUCCGGCUGCUGGUGGGCGCCGCCACCGCCGCCCUCGAUUUAAUCACACCGCGGUCAGACCCUGUGAGUACUCCCACUCAAGAAUCCACCACCAACACCGUUGCCACCAACACCGUUACCACCAACACCGUUACCACCAACACGGUUACCACCAACACCGUUACCGCCAACACCGUUACCGCCAACACCGUUGCCACCGAUACUGCCACUGCUGCCACGGCUGCCUCUGCUGCCAGCUCUGCCGCUGCUGGUAGUGUUUCCCUGCAGCGCAGUGAGGCAUUGUCAAGUGCGGAGGAGGAGUGCGGUGUGCUGCCUGAAUUGGUGGAGGCCGUUCGAGGAGACUACGAGCAGCGGGCAUACUUUGUCACAGGAGCCAUCUCGACACGCUUCUACGACGAGGCGUGCGACUUUGCGGAUCCCACGGUUCGGUUCUCAGGGCUGGCUCUGUGGCGCCGAAACAUCUCACUGCUCACGCCCUUCUUUGAUGGGCCUACCAUCCACCUGUUAGAUCUGCAGGUUGUUGGCCCAACCCCCUCCUCUGCGGCACGACUGGAGACCAGAUGGCGCCUGUGCGCGCCCAUCCGCCUGCCAUGGCGCCCUCUGGUGGACAUCAACGGCUCUACGGUGCACACACUGAAUGGCGCUGCCACCAAGGUUGUGUCACAUGUGGAGGCAUGGGAGGUGUCCGCAUUUGACGCCAUCAAGCAGCUCUUCAGGCCAGGCCCUAAUCGGGCUUUGAAAUAAGACAUUUGGAACGCCAAAUUCCUAGAGGACUCGGUGUUCGAGCGUUGGUUGUGGGAAUGUAUGAUGGUGAUGUAUAUAUUGAUUGUGCCUUUAGAGCUAGUCAGUGUUGUAUAUGCAUGCAUGAUAAUGCCAAAAUUGUCAAACCGGGGACCGAGUUUAUAUU